UCACAUACCACUGUGAGUUCUUGAUUCUUGAUCUUGAAAAAAUUAUUUUUUUCUCUCUCAUCAAUCAUCUUCUUCCUUUUCAAGAAUGAAAAAAAACCAGACAAAAACAAACAAUGGCGUCUGCGAGAAGAUCUACAAAGCCAUGAGUUUCUCCCCUGUUUUCAGAACAAUUCGCCGCAUCUCUUUCUCUCCAACCACCACUGUCAUCGAGGUUCCAAUCACCUCCGGCAACCCAAUGCCGGCAACCAACUUCCGGCAGAAUGCCUCCGGCAAACUACCGGCGACAGAGAUAAAACAGGGGAGGAAGAUUAAUGGUGGUGACGUGGAAGAGAGAAAGGAAGCCAUGGGUAAAAGGGUGGAUAGCUUGAACGAUAGGGUUAGUAAUUAUAUAAAUCGAGCGAAGCUCAAGAUGAGGAAUUCAUCAAAUGUUAAUGGAGAUAAUUAAGGUGGAAAACUUAAUUAGAUUCAUGCAUAAAUAACUAUAUCAAAGAGCUUUCUAUAAAGAAAGAAAAAAGUGUGUUUGUUCAUAGAGAACAUGAAUUUUAAUUUGUAUGAAAAAAAAAAAUUAUGGUUUUAAUUUGUGAAAUUUAUAUUGGUA